CUUUGACCAACAUCCUGUUCAGAAUUCUUAUCAAAUUGAAAUCGUGUUUGACAACGGCUGAAACUUAUACCAAAUGUGUGAUUAUACUAGUAAUGUCAAGUAUUAAAUUACAUAUCCACGAAUGAGAUACGAAAAAUACCCCAAUCCAAGAGCACAAAAAGAAGAUCGAACAUCCGGUUUCUCAGCUAUUAAUAGCUCCAACCAACUCGAUGCAAGAGGCUGCUCAUUGAAUGCUCGCCCUCUCGUCAUUCUCUGUUUCUCACGCUGUUGGAUCCAAGCAAUUGAAACACCUUGUCUUCACUACCAAGUAGUUGAUUGAGUAUAUAGUAUUGUGGUUCAUCCACCAUGCCCGAGUACGUGCCACUCCGCUACCGUUCCCCCGAGGAAGAGGCCCCUGCCGAUGCCAUCCUUUUCAAGAAUGCCAAGAUCUUUAACGGGAAGGGAGAUGCCUACAUCGAAGCCACCGAAGUGUUGAUCGAAGGCAACUUGAUCACCAAGGUUGGAUCUGGGUUGGAAGCUCCUACAGACAAGAAGACUGCCGUUGUGGACUGCGCUGGCAAAACCCUCAUGCCUGGCUUGAUUGAUAUGCAUUCCCACUUGUGUUUCCAAGAGGGAAUGCUGGAAGGUCGCGACGAGUAUGAUCAAAUGUCCAUGGGUGCUAUGUGUGCCGCCGACUGCUUGGAUUAUCUCAAUCAAGGAUUCACCACGGUACGCGAUGCCGGAGGCAACGUUUUGGGCAUGGCCAAAGCCGUGAGGUUGGGGCGAAUCAUGGGUCCGAGAAUCUAUGCAUGUGGUGCCUUCAUCUCUCAAACUGGAGGGCAUGGUGAUACUGGAUGUUGCUUUGAUAUGCCCCUUCAAACGGAUACAUUGGUACAGCACGGCGUUACCCAUAUUUGUGACAGCGUCGCUGAAGUCCGUCGUGCCUGCCGUAACAACUUUCGCAAUGGCGCCACCCAAAUCAAGUACAUGGCAGGUGGUGGUUGUGCUUCUGCGUUUGACCCGAUCCACGUUACUGAGGGUUCAUUCGAGGAAAUGAAAGCCGCCUGUGACGUUGCUGCUGAUUAUGGAUCCUACGUCAUGAUCCAUGCCUACCACGACAGGUCCAUUAUGAGAGCCCUCGAUGCCGGUGUCAAAUGUGUAGAACAUGGAUUCUUGAUGUCUGAAGAGUGCAUGAAACGUAUGGUGAAGGAAGGUAUUGCCAUAUGCAUUCAAGCCGUCAUGUCCCUCGAAGUCUUUGCGGAUCCUGAAUUGAUCACCUUCUUCUCACGUGAUCAAAAGAACAAGGCGGCCAUGGUCAACUCGGGCGCUGCCAACAUGAUGAAACUUUGCCGGGAAUACAAACCCAUCCUGAUCUCUGGUGGAGACAUGUUUGGAAAAGGCAAUCAGGAACGCCAGUCCGCUAACAUCAUUGCAAUGGUGACCUUGGGAGGUUUUGAUUCGGCCACGGCGCUUCGUAGUGCCACGGGUGAUGCCGCGGAAGUCUUGAGCUGGUGCGGAGGCAUGAAUCCCUACAAAGACGGAAAGCUUGGCGUCAUCGAGGAAGGUGCAUAUGCCGAUGUCAUUCUCGUGGAUGGAGACCCGCUGGCUGAUAUCGAGGCAUUGAAACGUGACAAGGUCCGGGUUGUCAUCAAGGAUGGCAAGUGCUACAAGUACAAGCUUGAAGACAAUGCGUUGGAAGUCGUUUACUCCAACUAGAGUGGCCAUGAUACUGAAAGUGAGAGUGCCAGCAAGUCUUGACUUCGUGUGUAGCCACAGAGGCAAAACUGCAAGAAGAGAGAACAAUGAUCAUAGGUGGACGGGGCUCGGGAGGCCGAACCUCCAUACCGUAGCUUAGUUUGUAUCAAUUAAAAGGAAAUGGAACUUACACUUUC